AUGUCGUCCGGUACACCCUUCGACUUCAAGGGAACUGGCAAGGAAGUUCUGUACAAACAGAAAUGGGCGCAGUUGUGUGAGCUGUCAUACACAGACCACAGAGGACGUGCGAGGAAAUGGGAGUGUGUAGAGCGUACCACCAGAAAGGGCGACAUCGACGGUGUGGCUAUUCUGCCGUUGCUAAGAUACGCCGCAGAUGGAGAAGGUGAGCGCACAGGCACGCACACAGUCAUCAUAAAACAGUACCGACCGCCAGUCGAUGCUGUGUGUGUAGAGCUGCCUGCUG